AUGGCCGGGGCAAAGGCUCUGGGGAGAGACAGGGCCAGAAGCGACGAAGGGAAAAAAACUAGCACCUCCCCCUGCGCCCUGCGCCCCCCUCCCUCGUCUUAUCAGCGGCGCGCGGGCGGGCGGCCUUGGGCGCGAGGCGGCGGCAGCGGGGCCUUAUUGCAGGUGCGCUGGCGCCGCCGAGUCUGCGGCGGCCGCUCCGUGGCCGGCCGGGAGGCCGGGCGGGUGGCGGCGGCAGGCACGGCGCGAGCGGAGGCGCGGGGGUGCGGCCUCGCCUUCGCACGCAGGCCAGUGACCGCCGCUGGACAGAGCGCCCUGGACCUGCACGCCACCAGCCCGGCGCCCUCGGGAACCCUGAUCCCGCCCUCCUCCACCUGCCCCUCUGAGAGGAGGCCCGUGUCCCUGCCGCCCCCCACCCCCGCGGCUUGCAAUCUGGGGGUCAGGGGGCUGUGCAUCUUAAGACUGCAUCUUUAG